AUGGCAUCAGCAGCCCAACAUGCAAGCUCGAGCAUGAGCUUGAGCAUCACCAACCCACUAGUGUUGUACCGUGCCCUCAUAGCAACACGACGCAUUCGUCCAGACCCUGCACAGCACCGACUCGCGCUAGAGCUUCAGAAUCUAUAUUACCGACUCAAGGAUUAUGACCCGGAGGUUGAAUAUAGGUGGCGCCUGGAAAGGGCUGCCAAAGUCAGUCGGAAAUCAGCAGAUGGAGCGCAACGGAAACCUGUCUAUGAGCCUGAACCUGGCUCGAAGCGUUUCUCAAUGUCCUCGAUUCUUGGACUCGAUGAGCGUACAGCUUCCAUGAUGGCACUGAUCCGAACUAUCCCUGUGCACGACUCGGCUAUGGACAUAGAUAGUCCUCAGGGCAUGCUCCUCUACGGGGAAGUUGGCCGUGAUGUCUUCAGGAGGUUGGAAAUGACACGGAUUGAGAGAACUGCGUCUCCGGAAGGGCUAGCGUUGGAUCACGAACAUGUCAUACUAAGCCUGGCAAGAGACACAAUGGAUACGAGUCCGAUCCUUUUCCUAGACGAGUUCCAGAUGCCGGAUCGUGUCAGUGGCAAGCUAGUACACAGCUUCUUCACCCACUUCUUCAGCCUCGGGGGCGUUCUGAUUGCAAGCAGUAACCGUAUGCCAGAAGAGCUGGCCAAGGCUAGUGGUGUUGAAUUCUCGAGAAUGUUUGGCGCGCCGAGAUGGGGUCGAGGAGGCCAGAUCUGGGAGAAACUCAGUGUAGGACAACAGCAGGCAAGAACUGACUUUGGGAAAUUCGUUGACGUUCUGAAGAAGAGAUGCGAGAUCUGGGAGAUGGAGGGAGAAAGAGACUGGAGGCGCGAAGAUAGUGAGAUGGCUGCUGCAAUUGACGCCGAAAAUGGACUAGAAAUGGACGAGGAAGAAGCAGAAACAAUUCUUGAAAAGGUUGCCGAGACGUCCAUCUCCCCUUCUUCAACUCUGAUACAGGAGGCAGAAUCUGCUACAGCCUCCGCGGACAUGCCUACGCACUAUCACAUAGCCGACCCGCCGAGUCCAGGAGUUUCACUGCCCACCCAAUCUGUCGCACUGCAAGCUGCCCUAUCUCGGCUCAAUUCAAGCAACAUCUGGCACAACACAACCCUCACAGUAUACGCGCGACCUUUACACCUUCAAAGCACAAAUUUGGACUUGGGCAUCGCUCUUCUCCCCUUUCCUAACCUCUGUCAAUCCAACCUCGGUCCUGCAGACUACAUCUCAAUUUGCAGCACAUUUCACACACUCGUUGUCACACAUAUACCCAUCCUAACUCUAUUAAUGAAGAACGAAGCGAGGAGGUUUAUCACUUUCCUCGACGCAUGCUACGAGGCACGCUGUCGUCUCCUCAUCGAAGCCGACGCCCCGCCAGACCGACUAUUCUUCCCCGAAACACGAGCCAAGCGUGGUGCAGCCAACAUGCUAGCAGAAGGCGACAGCAUAGAAAGUGAAGCUUUUUCAGAAAUGUAUCAGGAUAGCACUGCGCCGUUCCGGCCGAACAUAAGCUCCUACGUCGGCAGCAACAAAGACGACCGACAGAGCGUACCAAACCCCACCACGAGCCUGUAUAACAAAGAUCUGCGGUCCGUGCUGGCGGAUGAAGAUGCAGAUUUUGGACCUACUUAUGGAAAUCGACGCAGUAGUUCUGGUGUUUCCUCUAGUGCAUCAGAUUACGACGAUGACGGAAGUAGCUUGCUUGACGAGAGGCACAGAUUACCACAAGGGAUGGCUGACUUGGAACUUAGACAGGGGCCUGAUUUCACGCAGGGUGCUGGUAUCUUCACAGGACAAGACGAGCAGUUCGCCUACAAAAGGGCAAGGAGCCGUUUGUGGGAGAUGUGUGGACGGCGCUGGUGGGAUGAGAGACAGGGAAGAGAUGCGAGGGACUGGUGGACGCCUGUGAAUAGAGAUGCAAGAUUUUGGGAGAAGAGCAGCUCUAAUGCUAGUGUUGCGAAGCAAGCUGUUGACGAUUUGUUGCAGAAGCAAGGCGAGGCUGAUGCGACGCCAGACGGCAAAGCUAUGCAGGUCAAUACUGGACCGUCGAAUAUGUCCAGUAAGGAAAAGGAGGAUUCAUUGUUCAGACAUGGUGCUAGUCCGUUUCGCACGAGCGCUGAAGCUCCACCAAAGUUUGGCUUCCAGCACGCAUGGGGAAUGAUGACGUGGGGCAAGCGUGCUGGUGAAUGGGGCAAAGGUGUUGAGGGUGAUCGAAGUAAGGAGAAGAGCAACAAAACGUGA